GAUUACUUUGAAGUACGAGCUAUCGCUCGAUACAAUCUAUUGGCUUUGCCCCAACAAUACAUAGCUUCGUUUCUUUUUGUUAUUUUGCUGUUGAUAAUUUUGAUAUUUUUAUUCUUUUGCCUUAUUUUAUGAGUGUUUUUGAAAUCUAUUAAAAUUUAGUUAAACUAUUUAGGUCAAAGUGAAAUGUGUACCUCGUUAUGUGACUCAUUUUAAUUAUUUUGUUUGUAAAGUAUGUUAUUAGUUCGACCAUGUUAUUGUUUCUGACAUAGUAUAUCACAUCUGUAAAAAGUGGAAGUCUGUCCUCAUGGAUACGCCGCCUGUACCUAAACCUCGGAGCGCAUUUCCGCCCCAAAAUGAUUCAAGAACACCUGUACCUCUGCCACGAACAAAGGCACCGGUGAUUCAAGACAGGGUCACUGCUACAAAUAUAUUACGUUCGAUCAGUUCCGUGUCCAAACAAAUAUCAGAAGAUGUAGCACAAAAAGUGAGUAGCUCGGCUAAGUCCGCUAAUGAAAAAUUUGAAAAGUCAAUUCUGGAUGGAUCUAAGUUUGCCAAAGGGACUUUAGAAAAAACCUUAAGUACAUCGAAAGCUGUUCGGGAUUCUGUCACAAAAUCCGUUAUAGAAAGUACGAAAACUGCGGGCCUAAAAUUACGUAUGACUAAGAAAACAGAAACCUUUGAUAAUUUAGACAACCAGAGGUGUACUUCUAUGCCAGCUGUUGAUGUAAGUUUUUUUGACAAUAUUCAAUUUCACUCACCACUACUAGAACAGAAGCGAUUUAGAAAUGAAGAUGACUACUUAAAUCGUAAUAAAGUGUCACCACUCCAGCUGAACUCGUCCCAUCUUGAUGACCUGUCACUGUUUUCUAGCAAUUCUGAUUCCAAUGCAGAUACAGUGAGUAAUUUUUCACACGACAGUAAAGAAAAUGAAUGUAUUGAUGCUUGUUUGAAUUUUGAUAGGGAAAAUGCUUAUGAUACUCCAAAGCCAUCAAGACCUAAUAGUGUUGUAAGCAUUAGGUCGGCCCCUGAGAUCCCAGAGAGGCGAAAAAAAAGAGAAAGUUCUACUGAAGUAAUGAGACAGAAUUCUUUGUAUGAAAAUUGGACACUUCCACAUCCAUCGCCUUGCUCUUCUAAGGCCGUAAUGGAAACAAUUCCAAGACCAAGUAAGAGUACUAUUUAUGAGUUUGAUCCAUUGACAAGCAGUGUCACUUCUGCACAAAAAUAUGAAGGGGUUAGUAAUGAGUUACUUCUAUUAGAGUCAUUUCUGAUUGGAGAUACAUAUGGGACAAUUGUAUCAACAGAUAGUGGAAAUGACGAUGUUGUUUAUGAUAUUGGUGAGAGUGAUUACUUUAAUCCACCCACUCCACCUGAACGAUUUGAUAGUCUCUUACCAGAUGAAACUUUGUGUAAGACUAUAUCAUCUUCACCAACUACCGAUAAAGAGAAGAAUGCUAAUUGGUAUGUCAGCAAUGAUUCAGGAGCAGUAGUACCUACAGAAGGGAAUGUAAAACAUUCUAAUUCUAUGAUGCAAAGAUUUUCUAAUAUGCUAAAAUUUGACAAUGUAUUAAACAAGUCUAAUAAGCAAACAUCACAAAAAGUUGAGGUAGUACAAAGACCACCUAUAAAUAAUUUACCUGUGCCGUAUUAUAGUGGAAUUUUAAAUAAGGUAGUUUCAGGAGUAGAAGAUUUGUUUAAAAAUUCACAAAAUCGCUAUUGUGUUCUGUCAGAUCAAAAAUUGAUGUGUUACACAGAUCCAACAAACUCUAUUUUGAAAGAAGCAUACACAUUUGAAAAUAUUUACUGCUUGCAACUUGUUUUACCACUUUCUUCCAGCACCACAAGCAACUCUUACUGUUUUGAACUGACCGUGUCAACUGGUGUUCGUAAUACUCCACGGAAGAUAUUAUUCAGUAGUGCGAGUGCUUCUGAAAGACGUAAUUGGACUCAAAAAAUUGCUGAACACCUAACUAAUGGUUUCCCCACAAAAUAUACAGCAGAAUACACACGUUGUGGCUGGUGCUAUCUGAAGGAAGGUGUCACUGGUGAGUGGCGCGGCGCGUGGGUCAUGCUGAUCCGUCGGGUGCUCGCCUAUUACAGCAGCAGUGAUGACGUGCGCACCGUCGACCUCAGGAAAACGAGAUGUGUCGUUACACAAGACGCAGACGACGAGACUAAACAGACAUGCCCUUCGGAUGGAAGCCCGAACUUACUCUUAGAUUGCCCACAAACUACUUUAUAUUUACGAUUUCCACAUGAAAGAGAACUAAAGGGCUGGAAGUACAUGGUGAAACUGGCCGCACACAACAACGGCGCACACAUCCACCACCAACAGUUAACAAAGGAGGAUGUCCCAGUCAUAGUUGACAAAUGUCUUAGCUUCAUUUAUGCACAUGGUAGUUUAUCGGAAGGUAUCUACCGUCGUUCUGGAAGUGCGACGGUUCUUUCGGAGCUUCUCGCUCGAUUCCGCCGGGACUCGUGGUCAGUACAACUCACACCGGGGCGGCACUCGGAGCACGAUGUGGCCGGAGUGCUGAAGCGCUUCUUCAGAGAUCUUCCCGAGUCGCUCGUGCUCCAGGAUAAACACAGCGUUAUGACAUCCGCUCUAGAAAUCAAAGACACAAAUGCGCGUCACGCUGUGUAUCGAGCCGCAAUGACGUCGUUACCGCCGAUAGCGCGCAACACAGCACGCAAACUGUUCGCGCACUUGCACUUCCUACACACAAUGGCGCACGCCAACAAGAUGGCCGCUGAGAAUCUCGCAUCAGUCUGGGCUCCCACUAUCAUGCCUGCUGCUUUGACAAGCCACAAUCUACAAACUGCUUGGUCGGCCAAGGAACAGUAUGUGGUUAGAGAUCUAAUCGCCAACUACGAGGCUAUAUGGGAACCCACUGAGGUUGAAGUCAGGCGGGAAGCCGCUAUACGAAGAGUGCUAGUUCGGGUACUCAGUAACACAGUGCCUUCACCGCCUAAAGCGGCCGGGGACCUCAAAGCGUGGAUUUACAUUCACGACAGGAAUACAUGCCAUCAAGUAGCCUUAACGCCGAACAAAACUAGCUCCGAUAUAUGCAUAGAAUUAUGCGAAAAAAGUAAAAUGGAAUCACAUUUGCUUAUGCUCGAGGAGGUGAUAUGCAACGACUCCAUGCGUCGAGUCGUUCAUAUAGACGAGAUAGUUCUAGACGUCGUCCUUAGAUGGGGUUACUGGGACGAAGAAGAUAGAAAAGAUAAUUACUUAGUGGUAAAGGAAAAUAAGAUACUUCACGAAUUCGAAGCGCUACGACAUUCGACCUCACUCGUCUGCGGUGAGCUGCGAUUAGCAAAUGAAACUAUGAAAGCGUUCAAAUUGCACAUGUUCGAGUUUAAUGACGCGAAGCUAUGUUACUUCAAAGAUAAACAGGGUUCUCAUAAAAUAGAAGAAUGGAAUAUAAAAGACAUUUUGUGGUACGUCGGCCAUGAACCCAAGCGAAAUCCACAGUCACGUUGGUCCAUUACAUUUAUACCUAGGAACAAUAAACCGAAACGGAGUAAAGAUCGACCGUGGUUUGGAUGUACAAUAGCAGGAGCAGUGACGGAGGAUCAGUUGAAAUGGAUGACUGCCAUGACGUUCGCCGAACAUAAAAACAUUUUGCCGAUUCCACGUCUUGUCAUAACUUAGACUCACAUAAUUUUAUACAGUGAUAAAAAAUAAUAAUUUGCUAGAUAUCGAAAUGUGAAGAUAUUCUUAACCAAAUGAUGAUUCCGCUAUACGUAUUGUUGACUUCAGUUGUCAUAUUUUUAGAUUUUAUUAAUUUUAUUGAUGUUAACAGUUUUUCCUUUCUCUCAUUUUCACCUGUUAGAUAUUAUUUUCUAUACGAACUUUUUCGUAAUGGGGCAAAAUAUAACACAAAUUAAAUUUUACAAAAGUGGAGCAAUAGGA